CAAAGUGGCUGCAGACCACUCGGUCGCAUUUAUGAAGAGGUUCAGUCCCGACAUAUGUUUGAUCCAGUUGUGAUUUUGUCUAUAGGCUAUAUUUUUGCAAACGUUAAAAGAGGAAAUCAGACUGCAGAGCAAACAGUGCCAUCGGCAAACUUGUUAAACGGGAUCGUCUCAUGGUUUCUCAUGUACCAGGUAUGGACUGUGACACGCAGAAGUUCGCUCUGCGCAAGCGCGCCACCACGUCCCCUCCCUCUACCUGAGAGGAGCUCACCUGGAUCCAGCGAGACGGAAGUUUUGUGGAGGAACAGCUCAGAAAAUCUUUUUGUCUCCGCGAAAAGUUUCUUUGGAGUUCAAGCAGCACACACUGGAUCUCCAGUCGAAGCAGGAUGCCAUUGGGUGACAUUUUAAAGAACAAUUUUAAGGACUUUUCUUACCUGAGUCUGCUCAGCGACCUGUGCUGAAUUUCAGUCCAAAGCCAGCUUGCUCUCCAUUUAAGAAGAAUGACAGCUCUCCGCAGAGUGCUCCGAAGGCGAUUGCACCCAGUCAAACUGGUGAUAGUGGCCCUUGUUUUUGUCACAUUUGUGUUCUUCAUACAAUGGGAAGUUGGGAGCCAAAGCCAACAGGAGGACCCCUGGCUGAAGGAGAUGGCAGUGAAGGGGGAUGCCAUGCUGGGCAUGGUGAUGGGAGCUGUCAAUAACUUCAGGGACGUGAUUCCAAAGAUGCAGAUUAGGGCCCCUGUACGUCAGCUGGACAAGGCGGGCAGCGCGUCCUGUCUGCCGGGUCACUACACUGCCGCUGAGCUCAGGCCAGCUCUGGAGAGGCCACCUCAGAACCCUAUUGCUCCUGGAGCAGCUGGUAAACCUUUUAACACAGACUCACUGAGCCCUGAGGAGCAGAAGGAGAAGGAUAGGGGUGAAGAGAAACACUGCUUCAACCUGUAUGCCAGUGACCGCAUCUCCCUGAGCAGAGACCUGGGUGCAGACACAAGACCGCCAGAAUGUAUUGAGCAAACCUUCAAGCGGUGCCCCUCCUUGCCGACCACCAGCGUGAUAAUUGUGUUUCACAAUGAGGCUUGGAGCACCCUGCUAAGGACGGUAUACAGUGUCCUCCACACCUCCCCUGCCAUUCUCCUCAAGGAGAUCAUCCUGGUGGACGACGCCAGCGUGGACGAUGCAUUGAAGGACAGGCUGGAUGAGUAUUUAAAGCGGCUGAACAUUGUUAGAGUUGUCCGCCAGCGGGAAAGGAAAGGACUCAUCACUGCUCGCCUGCUGGGUGCCUCCGUCGCCACCGGUGACACUCUUACCUUUCUGGAUGCCCACUGUGAAUGCUUUAAUGGAUGGCUGGAGCCCCUGCUGGCCAGGAUAGCAGAGAAUAACACUGUAGUUGUGAGCCCUGAUAUAACUACCAUUGAUCUCAAUACUUUUGAGUUCAUGAAACCGUCCCCGUAUGGCCAGAACCACAACCGGGGGAACUUUGACUGGAGCCUUUCCUUCGGCUGGGAAAGUCUACCGGAUUAUGAGAAACAGAGGAGGAAGGAUGAAACAUACCCUAUCAAGACUCCUACAUUUGCUGGUGGGCUCUUCUCCAUCUCAAAAGAAUACUUCUAUCGUGUUGGAAGCUAUGAUGAAGAAAUGGAAAUCUGGGGUGGGGAGAAUAUUGAAAUGUCCUUUAGGGUGUGGCAGUGUGGCGGACAGCUGGAGAUCAUCCCUUGCUCCAUUGUUGGUCAUGUUUUCCGCACCAAGAGCCCCCACACCUUUCCCAAGGGAACACAAGUGAUUGCUCGUAACCAGGUUCGACUGGCGGAGGUCUGGAUGGACGACUACAAGGAGAUCUUUUACCGCCGUAACCAGCAGGCUGCGCAGAUGGCAAAAGAUAGGGCCUUUGGAGACACCUCAAAACGCGUGGACCUCCGUGCGCGGCUUCAGUGCAAGAGCUUCUCGUGGUAUUUGAAGAACGUUUAUCCAGAAGCCUUCAUCCCUGAUCUCAACCCACUGCACUUUGGCUCAGUGAAAAAUGUCGGCAAAGACUCAUGUCUGGAUGUUGGAGAGAACAAUGAGGGUGGGAAACAGCUGAUCAUGUACCCAUGUCAUGGACUAGGAGGAAACCAGUAUUUUGAGUACUCCACACAUCACGAGAUUAGACACAACAUUCAGAAGGAGCUGUGUUUGCAUGGGGCAGAGGGGACUGUGAAGCUGGAGGACUGCCAGUAUAAAGGCGGGAACACGUUUGUGGGAGCGGAGCAAAAAUGGGAACUGAAAGAUAGCCAGUUUUUCUACAUGCCAGGAUUGAACUUGUGUCUGAGUGCCCGUCAUGAGCAUCCCUCUCUGACCCUCUGCAACCCCUUGGACAGAUACCAGCUCUGGUCCUUCGUCUGAGAGUGCAAACUACCACUUUACAAAAUAGCCACUAUGUAUGCAACGGCAUACUAGGACAUGAGUAUACCACACUGUGUGCAGUUAACAUGCAGUGUUUUUUAGAUUACUGACAUUGAGUUUUAAUUUAUUUUUAUACAUAGAAGAACUGAACUGCUGCUGCUGCUGCUGCCGGGAAGUUUGGACUUUGGUAGAAACCAGUGUGCCACUGCUGGAGGGAAGCAUUGAAACAAUGCUCCCAAUCAGACUGUGAACUGAGAUUCUUGGAACAGUAACGAUGCACUGUGCCGACAAGUGCCUCUUCUGUGCUUGUAUUCACUACUCCAAGUCAUUACAACCAACACAUGCAGUGUUAGGUUUAUAAAGCGAAAACACUGAGCAUUUUCCAGUCAGACACAUGGAUCAAAAAAUAAAUGACAGUAGGGGAUUAAUAUUAUAAAUAAGGGGUUCAAGCUGGACACACAGAAAUCCCAAAUGUUAUGCACCAAAGAGAAGUGAAAACCUGAAACACACAAACACGAUGUGCAUUGUCCCCCUUUUUAAAAGAACUUUUUUCUACUGAUGCAAACCGUCCAGUGCCUUAGAUGUAAUUUUAUACUGGGUGGGUGGAGUGGUGGAGGGAUGGGUGGUGGUGUGGUGGGGUUGUUACAGUUUUCUGUGGAUGCAGAUAAUGGCUUCUGAUCAAAAGGCUCCUCAGAUCAGGAUUAGAAUCAAUACACUUUAAUUCAGUUGUUUCCUGAGAUACUUUUUUUUUUUUUUU